CUUCUAGCUGUCAAGCGAUUUGAAACCAACAAUUUGAGAAUAAUCCCUUUAAGGAUUAAUGACGUCUUUUGAGAAAGAUUAUUAUCACGAAUAGGUGAGGGCUGCGUUUAAAAACUUAAAGCGUAUUUACACCACAGAGUGUAACGUAUAGUCGACGACGCUGCUCUGAAAUGAAAUGAAAGGGGAAGUGAAAGUUAACGUUUGGAUAUCAGCCAAAACAAGAGAAGACACAACUGAAAGUCAAGUUUUUAAGUUGCCCAACAAGUAAAGAUCCUGAUAUAAUUCAUUUCCUGGACAGAGCAACAUGACGUCACCAGAAAAUGUGUACUUCAUCUUAACAAGAAAAACUGAAUGCAGAACGUAUGUUAAUGCUGGCUGCAUAUGCUACAUGAGAACACGUAAAUAUAAUGUAACAAUCAAAAAAGAUCCCUCUCCCUCCAAGUUGUGCAUCUUCUUCAUGGGCUCAUAUGUAUCAUUGGAUUAUGAUGUCGAGACAAGCCACUUGGAGCCACUGGGUGAAAAAGAGGCCAUGAUGCUGCUGGCUCUACCAGAUGAUGAAGAGAGGCUGAAGUGGUUUAAAGAGAGAAAAACUCUCCAGACAGCUCUGGGACUCACUGAGGGAACUGCAGUGACUGUGGAAAAGGAAGGAGAGGAGCUCAGAGGCAUAAUCCGCUACAUCGGAGCAACAAAGAGGUCCACCCCCCUAUCAGGGACUGUUUUUGGCAUUGAACUGCAGGAUGAAGACAAAGGGAAGGGGGAUACUGAUGGAACCUACAAUUUCAGAACUUUGUUCUCCUGCCCCAAAAAGUGUGGUGUUUUUGCACCAUUCUCCAGAGUCAGGCCUUUAGUUCCCAGCUCCUUGUCAUCAUCCAUUCAUCAGCCUUCACCUCAGCCAGAGGAAGAGGAACUCAAGAUUGGGGACAGGGUCAUGUACUUUGUCGAUGAAAACAUUUGUCAUGGGAUGGUGGUGAACGUACUGGACAAGGAUGGAGGAUGUUUUGUUCGUAUAUCAACGGACAAGGAUGAGAACGGAAAGCAAGGAGGUGAAAUUGAAGUUCCUCUCCAUUCUGUUGCUAAAGGAGAGGUCCCUUCAGAGACAGAGAAAAUGGAUGUUGAUACACCCCAAGCUGAGAAACUCUUUGAAGAUCCGUACCUAGAUCUGAGUUUAAAUUGUCUUGUGGAGGUGUCUGUGUCACCGGGGAAUAAUUUAUAUGGAAUCAUCCGCUGGAUCGGUAAUCUACCGGAUCGACAGGAAAUCAUGGCUGGACUGGAGCUGGAGGAAGACAGAGGAACGAGUGAUGGCACCCUCAAAGGUCAGCGUUUCUUCAUAUGCCCUCCAAAGAGGGCUCUUUUUGUGAAGCUCAGCUCCUGCCGUCCUGACUCACGAUUUCAGAGCCCAUCAGCCAAUCACAAUGAGGCGAUGCAUAAACUAAAAAACACAGACACAGAGAUGGAGGACGAUGCAGAGAAGCUGGAGACGGUUCCUCCUGUCAGCGCGGAGCAGGUGAACCAGGUCCUGAUUGGACGAAUGAAGGGGAUCCAAGGACACUGCAACUCCUGCUACAUGGAUGCUGCCCUCUUCAGCCUGUUUUCCUGCUCCUCUGUGCUUGACUCCAUGCUGUUUAUAUCAACAAAACCUCAAGAUGCCCUGAUUCAGAGCACACUGCUCUAUGACAUUGUUAACCCCCUACGCAAGAAAGGAUUUGUGGAUUGUAGGCACAUCAUGAAGCUGCGACAGCAGCUGCAGAAACACGGCUACAGUCACUCCUUCACAACGGAGGAGAAGGAUCCAGAAGAGUUUCUUACCGUCAUCAUGCACCACAUUCUGGCCCUGGAUCCUCUACUCAAACUCUCAGCUGGUAGUAAAGUCCAGGAGAGUUACUGCUAUCAGAUCUUCUUGGAUCAGAACCACAGCCUGGUGUUGCCAACGGUCCAGCAGCUUCUGGAACAUUCCUUUCGCAGUGCGGGACUAAAGCUGGCAGAGGCUCCAUCCUGCCUCAUCCUCCAGAUGCCUCGCUUCGGGAAGAAAUUCAAAAUGUUUGACAAGAUCAUUCCUUCUCUGGAGCUGGACAUCACUGGUCUCCUCUCUGAAGGGCCUCAGCAGUGUAUUAUCUGUGGAAACCUGGCUGAAGAAGAGUGCAACAACUGUUUUGAGGAUCCUGCUUUCAGCCGGACAGGAUUCAAAAUCUUCUGCAGGAUGUGUUCUCUACAGGUGCACUCUCAUCCUCAGCGUAUGUCCCAUAAACCCGCUGAUCUGGACAUCCCAAAGGGCUUCAUGAAUCGUGGCACAGCUCACGCUCUGCCCAAAGAAAAACUGGAGCUGUUCGCUGUGCUCUGCAUCGAGACGAGCCACUACGUGUCCUUCAUCAAAUACGGACCGAACCAGGAAGACUGGCUCUUCUUUGACAGCAUGGCGGACAGAGAAGGAGAAUCAGAUGGCUUCAACAUCCCUGAGGUCCAGCCCUGCCCGGAGGUUGCCAUGUACCUGAAAAUGUCUCCCUCCGAGCUGGCCAAUCAGGUGCCUCGAGACAUGAAAGGUGUGGCCAAACGUCUGUUUUGCGACGCCUACAUGUACCUGUACCAGAACACCAGCAUGUGUCUGUAUCGCUGAGAAGACUUAAGUGCUAGGAAACCCCAUAUCUUAUAUUAUAUUGCUGCUUUGCUGCUCCUAUUUCUAAAAUGCUACAGUAUAUUUGUUUUCUUGGCUGUUGUAAAUGUGUCUUAGUGCAAAAAUGGAGACUUAAACAUGUAAAACUUUAUAUGAUGUUAUUUCCUGUUGCAGGUGAAUAGUAUAAGACUUUAGUAAUUUAUAAAAACAUUAUAUCUGAAAUGUUAUAAAAAGAAAAAGGACAAACUGACCUUGUUUGCUGAGUAAUUUUGCACUAUAAAAUAGACAAUCACUUACAUGCAUUAGCAUGUGAAGACAAAGAUUGAUGGCAUGUUGCACUGUAACGUAAUAAAUCUGUAGUUUACUGUUUCCUGCUGCUGGUAAUAAAUUUCUUUAGAGGAUAUAUUUACAUUUUUUAUAUGGGGAGUGGAUGACUUUCAGAUGUAAUCUUAAUUUAAGAGGACAUCAUAUUUUAAAAAUGCCACAGCGCCAUCCUAUUGUAAAUAAAAUGAGAACAGAAGGCUCAGUUAUUACACUGUUGUAUCUUGUUGCUUGUUAACUCCUGAGUCUAAUUGUUGGGGUUGUGACUUGAUCAGUUACUUAAAACAUUAAAGGAAAUUUCUCUAGGAUUUUUGAAAUAGUGACCAUUUCAUCAGUUUUCCAGCCUCUUUGAAUUCAUAUCUGACCUGAUGUUUGGGUAAUAGUGUAAUGAAUAUUACAGCAAGUACAAGGGAUAACCUUAAGUUCCUUAAACACAUUUUUCAUUCCCUGCUUAGUUCAAAUGUUCUUCACAGUUAAGUAUAUUGAUCAAAAAAUCAAUAUGUUUAAUAAAAUCAUA